AUGAAGCAGAAGACGUCAUCUACAGCCCAAGCCAUGAGAGACACCUACCGGCCAGGCUCAGGCACAUCAAUUUAUCCGGAGCUCUUCCAGCAGAUGGUGUGUGCCGUCCUCGAGUCCGAGUCCUAUCUCUUCUCCAAGGCAGAGCUCGAUAUCCUGUCGGCAUUCUUUAUGCUUUCCUACCCGGCCCGAUACCUCUUUGUCCGUCUCCUACAACGCAGGAAGGAUAGCUGGUAUCGGCUCGACCGUCUCCAAGCCUACCGCUCUGAAGUGCAAGAUCUCAGGUCUGCCACUGAGGAACUCGCCAAACCGAUAUCUGCUGCACCGCCUUCGGAAGGAGCGAAAGUCGAGGAGCAAGACAGAGGCAAGCUGGACGAAGAGACGCGUCUGCCUCGCCCGCCCACCUACCGCGAUAAGCAACCACUGGCAGGCUCCUCGCUUCAAGCCAAUGGUCCGCUUCCGAAGAGUGCAAAGCAGCAGCCUUCAGCGCCGCCCCAAGAGCCUUUUCUCGAUCGAUUCGUCAUGACCGAGAGAGACAUGAGAGGCGGCAUCGCCGAAUCUCUCUCCCUUCUCACCAUUGAAGAGCUCAAAGUCAUCGCCAAAAACAUGGCUAUUGCCAAGAUCGGCACGACUCGUGCGCAAAUCCUCGCGGCUCUAUCAGCGACCAAGUCUCAAUCGAUGCUGUUUACAAGUCCCACCAAGCAGUCCAAGCAGUCUCCGAAUACUAAGCAGCAGCAACUCACACUUGACUUCAGCCCCACCAAAACUGGUCCACAGGCACAGGCUUCACGUCUCAAAGACCAACUCUCAGCCCUCCUUGGUGGAGGGUGUAUACAGGUCUUACCCGCUCUUCGAUCGCUCGUUGACAGGGUAGCACUCGUCUACUAUCGCGCUAACUUGCUCGCUAGCGCAGCAUUGACAACAGCAAUCUUGUCCCGCUCCCGUAUCCGCAAUUACCCCAACUACACAUGUCGACGAACGAGCUUUCUCUUCCCCUCCCGAGACCACCUCAUUGCGUUCCAACGCGCUCUCAGCCUUGAAGCUGAGAUGCAGGACCUCAUUCAGUUUGGCAAAGGCGAGGCGGAUUUCAAAGCUGCACUUGCCCUCUUCGACUCAGUAUGGCACGAGUGGAAGUCGUGUGUUGCAGAAUGUGUUGCGGCGCAUCCUGAUGGCAUCGAUAAGAUGGUCUACCAUCGAAUGCGCUUUCAUCCCGGCUGGGUGCUUACUCGGGUCGUGUACAAAGGCGCAACUGUGCUCGCCCGUUUCAAAAUGCGCCAGAGGGAGAAGGAGGUCUUGCAGGCAUUGCUCGAUCAGAAGCUUUUCCGACGUGGUAGGAGAGGGGAUUGGUACAAUCGACUAGCGCUCAUCACAGCGCUCUACUCUGAUGAUCAGCGCAAAGGCAAGCGUGAAGCAUUAGCGAUCAGUGUCAAGGCAAUCCAAGAUCCCGACACGCACCUCAUCUACCACGACACACUACAACGAAGAAUAGCAAGGUUGGAGUCGCAACUAAGAAUUCCCAAAUCCGAACAGCACGAUUUCUCAUACACCAAACUCAAAAAGACGACAGAGGUGGUAUUCAAGGGUGUAAGGUUAGACGCCAUGGUGGAGACGGAUGAGAGCACCAAUCAAGCCAUGACCGCUAUGUCUAGGUUUUUGAAGGGCAGUCCGCCCAGCUCUCCGGAUGCUUUGCCAGCGUCGAAAGGCAACACACCGCCGAACCGUAGCCUGAGCAAAUCACCGAUCAAACGCAGCUCUUCAUCGAGCCGCUUCGAGAUCCGUAAACCCUUGUUCAAACGGGUCAAGGUCGAGUCCUUUGCUGGCCUCUCCGUCAAGCCUGAUCCAGUGUCACCAACCAAACUCGAUCCCCAUUCUCGCAGUAUCACUCCCGACUUCCCUCAGGUGAAAAAGGAAGAAGACCUAUCCGACAUCUCCCUCGACGACAUUCUCGCUCCUGCACCAGAUCCAACCACGCUCUCCCUCAUCUCUGGCUCUGACUCGCCCACAUCAACCACCAUCUCCAACCCCCGUCGCAGCAUGCGUACCAUUUGGCGAGGCCUCGACAACCAGCCCUGUCACGUCGAACAACUAUGCCUCCAACACUACGCUCUACAAAACUUCAAAGGCUACCACUGUGAAGGCAAGCUGCUAACCAUGUUGUUCGUCCUUCUCCUCUGGGAUGUGAUCUUCACAGACGGCAUCGCUGGAUCCUUCGAAACACCCUAUCAAUCUGCUCCACUCGACCUUGGGUCUGAUUCAUUCCCAAUCGUGCGCUCUACCGAAAUUCGCACUCGUCUCGAUCACAUCGAACGAACCGGUGGCCUGGAUCUUAUCGCAACAGUAGACGACCGAGAAAGACCAAAUAAGACUUGGGCGGUAGGGUGCAGAUGGGAUCUCUUCUCCAAACAAGAUCUGCUGCAAGUAGCCGAAUGUUUAGGUGGGCAGAGUUUAGCGGUGGUGUGUCAGAUGUUGGUGGAGGAAUGGCAUCAUUGUUCUAGUGGAAUGCCGGAUUUGGUGAUUUGGAGAAUGCAAGAUAAAUCCGUUAGGUUUGUAGAGGUGAAGGGACCCGGUGAUAGGUUGAGUGAAAGCCAGAAAGUUUGGAUCGAUGUGUUAUUGAGAGCCGGGAUUGAGGUUCAGGUUGGGAUUGUUCAGGAGGGUUAA